AGAGAGAGAGAGAGGCGGGGAUCGACGGCGCAAGCGAGAAAAGGAAAAUCCGUCUUUUACAAUAAGUAUCCAGUUCAGUCUCUGUGUCAUUCUGAAGCUGUUUAUACGGACACAUUUGGCUCGGCAAUCUCUAGUGCUGAAGUAACGGUUUUAGAGGCAGAUCGAGCGGAAACGAGAUGUUUUUGUAUAAGAAUUAGAAGUGGAUUUUGGAUAGCCGAAGUCUUGGGCGUAUCUCCACUUUUGUUCAUUUAUUUAGUGUCGAACUGAAAACAGCCGAGGCUGAGCGCAUCUGAUCCUCCUGGAGCGCUCGGCGCUGAUGAGGGCUCUGUCGGCGUGAUCCGUGCGCGAUGGCCGCUUCGGGCGGACAGAAGAGUGAGAAGUUAGAUGAAGCUCAGGCUCUAGCGAGGAGGUGCGCAGGGAGACCGGACUUUCUGCCCUGUGAUGGACUAUCCAUCUGCGCCACGCACAGUCACGGGAAGUGUUUCAAGCUGCACUGGUGCUGUCAUCUGGGCUGGUGCCACUGUAAAUAUGUCUACCAACCCAUGACCAGUGUAUGCCAACUUCCCAGCACGCCGGUUCCAGUUGCCCCCUCAGGUCACACUCUCACCAUGAACCUGUCCGUUUCCUUGACUGAGCGCUUUCUCAGGACAGCCCCCAAGUUCAAGGCUCCACCCUGCCCAGAGUCGCCUGAGUUUUGUAUCAUCUCUGACCUCUUUGUGGAUGAUUACAUGGUAAAACGUAUCAAUGGUAAGAUGUGUUAUGUGCAAAGGCCGCCUCCACCUACACCAAAUUCUACACACCAACCCCAAACACCGGCACCUCAACCUGCCCCCCAACGUACUAACAAGCACACACGGCAGGUGUGCCCGACUAUUAAGCACAGCCAACCAAACGAGAAGAUCUCAGGCCCUAAAAUGGACCACUGCUCCUCUCCCUCCAGCUCAGAAGACUCUGGAAUCAAUGCAUUGGGUCUGCACUACAUGGAAUCAUGCGAUGAGGACUUCUUUGUGGAUGAUGAUGAUGAGGAAGAAGAGGAUGAUGAGCUGAGUACCGAUGGAGACUCCAGUACUGGUAGCUUCUGGGACCAGGAUGAGUGCACUUUACUGUCACCAUCCAAAUCAAUGGUUGAGAUCAUUGAGAAGAUUGAGACAACGGUUUGAAGUGCCUGUCAGUAAAUACCACAGUUGGAAUUCCUCAGUCUCGGAAAUACUUCCCUACACUAUCCUACCAGCAGGUGCAUGUGUUUAGUGAGCCAGUGCAAGCACACACUCCUUGUUAUGGCAGCGCCAUCCGAGGUUGUCCCAGAAGAACCCUCGAGAGAUGAGUCAUGGCAACUCUCUCCAGUACUUACUACAACUCUCAUUUUCCCUUUAGUCCCUUAUGCAUGAUAAGACUAAUGUAGGUUACACGCAAGUAAAUGCGCUGACAAAUACAUAUUGUGAGAACUUCGACCAAAUGGGACUCAAAAGAUGAAUAUUUCAUGGAUGAACAGAUUUAAGACAGUCAAACUCAAAAAUAUGACGCUAUGUCUCUCCUUAGAGGGAUCAACUACACUCUGUCCAAUGCAUAGAAAUGGAAGAGGGCAUGGCUGAUGCAAUAUAGAGAGAUCUAGACUAAGAUGGUCUGUGUGUGUUAGAAGGAUGAAGAGAACGCUA